UCACGCGGAGAACAGUGGAAUGGAUUUAUGGCAACCCUGGCAGUCAGUGACAGAAUUUCCUGUGUUCGUCUGCUUUUUCUAAGAAAUACUGUAUUCGUUCGAUAUAUUCAGCAGUACUUAAUAUUUUCGAUAUAACAGAAUGGAUUUCUUCACAUUAGUACACUUAUUUGCAUUUAUUUUAACGGCGAAUAUUGUGAUAGCAGAGUUUUCAGCCGAUGACUGUAAAAGCUUGGGUUUUAAUAAAGCUAAUUUAUUAUGUUCUACAUGCGAAGAAUUUAAUAAACCUAACUUAAUAGAGAUACGGGAUAACUGUAAAGAAUGCUGUUUAAAAGAUGAUGAUUAUGAUGCAUCUGGUUCAAAACGUUACCCAUACGCUGUACUUGAAGUCUGCACAUGUAAAUUUGGAGCAUAUCCACAGAUUCAAGCUUUUAUAAAAAGCGAUCGACCAAGCAAGUAUAAAAACUUACAGAUAAAGUAUGUUAGAGGCUUGGAUCCUAUAAUUAAAUUAUUGGAUGCGGACAAUAAAGUUGAAGACAUUUUAGACAUACAUAAAUGGGAUACAGAUUCUGUUGAUGAGUUUUUAGCAACUCAUCUGUCUAUGGAUUAAUAUUAACUUGUGAUAAUUUAUAUUUUAUUCUGUAAUGUAUCAUAAGUGUAAAUAAAUGUUUUCUACAUGACAAAAUA